AUGCGUUCAAGAUUAGAAAUCCUUCCUGAUGAAAUGUUAUUAGAAAUCUGUCGUUAUCUACACAGUGGUGAUGUUCUUUAUUCUUUUUUUGGCUUAAAUUCUCGUUUUAAUCAAAUGACAACAUUCUAUUGGCAACAUGUUUCACUUCAUCGAACGUGUUACUUAAAAUUUCUUCAUAUUUUCACGAAAAUUCUUCCUCAAAUUAGUUCAUCCAUCCGUUCGUUAGUUAUCUUUGAAAUCGAAUCUCCAUUAUAUUUUCAAUCCUUUUCCAAAAUUCACUCCUAUGAAAAUCUAGAAAAGUUAACUUUAGUCAAUUGGACCGAUGAAAAAUUAUUUUUAUUUCUUGAAACAUUACAUAACAUGAGAAAUUUCCAUCGAAUAAUCAUUCAAGCAUUGGAUUUGACCGAAUCGAUGAAAAACGGAUGUUUUCUCGAGAAAGUCCUUAGUGCAAAUGAAAAUCGCUUGACUCAUGUAAUGUUCGAUCAUGAAUCUGACGCAUUUUGUUUGACCGAUAAUGACAAAUGUAAUACAAACGUUUAUCGCAACAUUCUUCAAUUAGAUAUUGAAUUACAAACAACCAAAGAUCUUUUUCGACUCUAUCGAAUGAUUCCUAAUGUUGAAAAACUUCAUAUAACGUUCAAACGACCAUGGACGAAAGUCAUCUGUAAUCAACAACAAUUCUUUUAUUUGAAAGAAUUAUCAGUUUAUGCAAUGAGUUGGUUUUCAACUGUCGAAGAUUUGAAAACUUUGUUAAGAAUUUCUCCAGUUUUAGAAAAUCUUUCUUUCGUUCUUGUUAGUCACGAUUAUUCACUUAUUGAUGGUCAAUGUGUUUCAGCACUUCUCCCGUUGACAACUAAGACAUUUCAUUAUAGUAUUUGUUAUCAACCAUCGGAUUUAAAUGCAGAUUUGAAUUGUGAAACAAUACUCCAAACAUGGAAAUCAAUUCCAAUUGCGUAUUCAAUUUGCGAAAAUGACAAACGAAUAUUUUUACAUACGACCAAUUAUCAAUGUAAUCGAUUAUCCUUACGUUCACUUUUUCAUAAAAAUAUGUCCGUACAAAAAGACAGUCAUGUCUACAAUAAAGUUCGUCAUAUACAUAUUUAUGAUACAAUUGCUCUAGCGGAAGUUUUUGGCAUUGUCCAACAGUGUAAAUUCGUUCUAGAUUUGAUUAUAUCUAUGCGAACAUUACCACCAAGAAAUCAAGUUCCAGUCAAAACUCCGAAAGUUUUGCCGUAUUUGGAUCGACUGGAUUUUUUAUCGAUCCAAGAUCAUAACAUGUCAGAUUCAAAAUCUGAAGCAAAUCCGACACCUUCGCAAAAACCAAUACCUAAAAUCAAAGAUAUUUCAUUAAUGAAAGCUUGGAAAGAGUCAAAGGCUUAUCGAGAAUAUACAUUAUUUGUUCAAUCAUUGAAUCGUUCAGUUCAUGGUCGAAAAAAUUCGGAUUCCGUACCAAUUUCAUCUACUCUUGACAAAUUGAUUAAUUUACUCAAUCAACUUGAUUCGUUUAUUGAUCAAUGUCCACCGAAAGGUCGAUCACGUUUUGGUGAUGCGGCUUAUCGUGAUUGGCAUGCGAAACUUGAACAGGAAAGUGAACGAUUGUUAAAAGAAGCACUGCUUGAACAAUAUCAUCAGUAUAUAGAAGAAUUAAAUGGAUAUUUGUGUGAUUCAUUUGGAAAUAGUACUCGAUUAGAUUAUGGAACAGGUCAUGAAUUAGCUUUUGCAUUAUUUAUUCUAUGUUUAUGUAAAAUUGAAGCACUUACAGAACAAGAUAGUCAAGCUAUUGUAUUGAAAUUAUUUGCACGUUAUUUGGAUCUAUGUCGACGAUUACAACGAACAUAUUAUCUCGAACCAGCUGGAUCAAAAGGUCAAUGGUGUUUAGAUGAUUAUCAAUUUUUACCAUUUCUUUGGGGUUCAUCACAAUUAACAGAUGAUGGUCCAAUUGAACCAAAACAAGCAAUUGAUGAACGAUUCUAUCGUGAUUUAUCCAAUGAUUAUUUAUAUUUAGGCGCAAUUAAAUAUAUCAAUGAAGUUAAAACCGGUCCUUUUUUCGAACAUUCAAGUACACUCUAUGAUAUAUCGAAUGUUGCACAUUGGUCGAAAGUCAAUCAAGGAAUGCUGAAAAUGUAUUAUGGAGAAGUUUUAGAUAAAUUUCCAAUUGCUCAACAUAUUCUUUUCGGAAAUUUAAUCUCAUUUGAUCCAGUACCGAAAUCAUCUGGAGAAGGUCUGUUUAAAAAACCAGCACCUGUUGUUAGUCAAUAA